CAGUAUCUACACCCAGCGCGCCAGGGACUUGCGUCGAAAGCGACGACGCGAACGCUCACGCCGCCGUUCCGCAUGCGCAGUCGCGACGUCCCCUCGCUCUUCCCCCUCUGCCAGGAGUCCGACGUGGAAGUUGGUAGUGGACGUGGCCUCCAAGGAAACCGCCUCGGAGUUGCAGAGGGAGGCAAAAGGGAGCUGCGGUGGCGGCGCUGAGGCUCGAACAGAUAUCGCUGCCGGGGCCUAUCUCUGAGGAUCGGCGAGAGCGAGCAGGCCCUUCAUCAUGGGUGGCUUUUUCUCAAGUAUUUUUUCCAGUUUGUUUGGAACCCGGGAAAUGAGAAUUUUAAUUUUGGGAUUAGAUGGAGCAGGAAAAACCACAAUUUUGUACAGGUUACAGGUUGGAGAAGUCGUUACUACUAUUCCUACUAUUGGAUUUAAUGUUGAGACGGUAACAUACAAAAACCUUAAAUUCCAAGUCUGGGAUUUAGGAGGACAGACAAGUAUCAGGCCAUACUGGCGAUGUUAUUAUUCAAACACAGAUGCAGUCAUUUAUGUAGUAGACAGUUGUGACCGAGACCGAAUUGGAAUUUCCAAAUCAGAGUUAGUUGCCAUGUUGGAGGAAGAAGAGCUGAGAAAAGCCAUUUUAGUGGUGUUUGCAAAUAAGCAGGACAUGGAACAGGCCAUGACACCCUCAGAGAUGGCGAACUCACUUGGGUUACCUGCCUUGAAGGACCGAAAAUGGCAAAUAUUUAAAACUUCAGCAACCAAAGGCACUGGCCUUGAUGAGGCAAUGGAAUGGUUAGUUGAAACAUUAAAGAGCAGACAGUAAUUCACCUGCUUCUGCUCCUCUGAAAUGAUGGUUACAUCACAUAUCCCUUUGGAAACAGUCACGUGCAUGUCACACUACUAAAUGUUUAAAACUACAUGAUUGUUGGCAUAUACUGGACUGACUACAACAUUUGUAAUAAAUAUAGAAAAAUGAGUAUUUGGUUGGAGGGGUAACUCGUCUUGUUGAACCAACUGAAUAUCUGUCUGUAUAAUAUAAAAUAUUCCUUCCUUGCUUUCUUUUGUUAAGGUAUAUAUUCUAUUUGUAUGGAAUUCUUACUCAAAUGCAGUCCUAUUGAAGAAUGUGCUCUUGCUGGGGAAAAAAAAAACCCUCUUAUUUUUGAAUUAGUGGUUGCAGCUUGUUUGUAUAAACACUAAUAAAUAUCUUAAUUCAGAUUUUUUUCCUCCUAACAUGAAUUUAGUCUUUCCAAAGAUUAGACUUAGUAUCGUAGACUAGGAUCACAGUGUGUGUAAUAGUCUUCAUUUACUCAGCUGAUUACUUUAUAUUAAACUGUUUCAUUUAAAAACUUUUGAUUACAGGCAUGAAUUUGAAAUCAUUUUGGUGGUAAACUUCACUGACUUAUCUGUAAUAGUCAUUUUAUAGUAAUUCAUGAUUUUCAAAAAAAAAAAUUUGAAGAUAUACUGACCUAAUUGAUUUGUAUGGGAACCCUGUGAGGUAGGUAGGACAAAUUGUAAUGUCUUAAUUUAAUGGACAUGGACCCAGGGUUCUGAUGGAUUGGCUUGCCCAAGAUCACAUAGUAGGGAGGGAUGGGGACAGGGCUCAGAGUGGGACUUCUGGGCCAGAAGGUUGUUCCAUAUACUACCCCAUAUAUCCUUGAAAAUGCCAACAUUGGCAACAUAGACAACUUAAAUGAUAUUGUGCUAAUAGAAGUCCCAGUACAUUUGAAGUAAUGUCUAUAAACUUAUUUGUUCAAUAUAGUAGAGGUGAUCAAUGGCAUAGAUAGUAAAAACAAUACUAUAUGAUUAUGUUUGAUGGAAUUUACAACACAUUAAAGAAAAAAAAUUUACAUUGAAAAAGAUAACCUACCUUAGCAGGCAUUGUAAAAGAUGACUCCACUGUGUUACUUUUUAAAAAAAAUUUACCUGAAAUUGGACAUGUAAAUUUGAUUGGUGAAGAGUAUAUAGGGAGGGAGAAAUUAAGUAUUCCUGGUUUUAAAAAUUAGGUUUAUUGUUAGGCUAUCAGAUAAGUUUAAAAAGCAAACUGAAUUCAUGUACAAAGGGACUUAUCAAACUACCCAGUCCACCACGAGUUGUCUAGUGUGGUAGAAGAAUAUAGUCCUUAGUAAUUACUAAAAUUUGGAGGAAUUUUUUUCAUUUGAAAAAAUCGGACAGCCAGCAUUUAAAAAAUCUGGUGCUGGUGAAGAGAGCUUACUACCAUGGUACCCUUCAGGUAUGAGCACUAGUGUUCCCAAUGUGCCUAGUAUUAUAUACCGGGAUAGCACAGUGUUUCAUAAUUCCCAAGUCCUGAUGGUCAGAGACAGUCAUUUUCAUCCUUAUAACCCUAUAUCCAGUAUGGUACCUGGCACAUUAUGACUCCUCAGAAUAUGUUCAUGGUUGGAAUAGGGGGAUAUGUAUUUGUCAGCUGGGAAAAUGGUACCUCUGAGGUUUGUACUUGGCUCCCCUUCUGGUCAGUGGUGCAGGUUUGGAAAAUGGGAUCAAGGAUGCAGUCUAUGGCCAUACAAAAAACAAGUUCACCUACACACUGAGGAGCUGGGCUUGUACCCAAGUGGCUAAGUAUUCCCCAGCGGUUCAGGAAUACUGCAAGGAAUGGAAGUGAGAGGGAGUGAGGUCCUGGCAGGCAGAUGCCAGAUGGCCCAUAACCCUCAUUGCAAAACCAAGGGCAUGAAGCUGUUGCAAAUGCCAGCACUUAGAUGAUCCUGAUCCCUCUGGUUUAUCACAAAAUAGGAUGAGAUAAAUAGGAUGCAUAGUAAAUAGAGUAUAAAUUACCAGGCACUUGCCUAGCAGGAAAUAACUGCUGCACAGGUGUGUCACAGGAGUUUCUUUAUAUUUGCCAGAUAAAUCUACUGAGUGUUUUGUGAGAAGCCUGAUUAUGGGAAAAGUGCUAAACAUGAAAUUAGAACACAUAUGUUCUAGGCACAAAUUGUCACUCCUUCAAUUUCUUUUAAUGAAAGAGGCUUUGACAAAUGAUACCAAAGGUUUCUCUGAACUCUAAAAUUUUAGUUUAUAAUUUUGACUGGUAGUUUGGCUGUGUCAUGAGAUAACUAACUAUAUAAAAAAUGAGAAAUUCACUGUAAUAGAAUUACUUAUCUGAACACAUGAGAUGCAUUUUAGAUUGUAGAAAUGUGAGUUCCUUGAGGGCAGGGACCAUGCCUUAUUUACUGUUAGUAUCCUUUAGAUCUAGUGUGGUGCACCUGGCAUGUAGUAGGCACUCAAUAAAGAUUUAUUGAUUUAAAAAAUAA